AUGCUCCGGAGGAGCCCCGGGCAGACCCGGCGUUGUCCGGCUCGGGGAUGCUCCGUAGCGGUCUGCUCCGGGGAUGCUCCUGGAUGUUCUGCACCGGCCUGGGGAUGCUCCGCACCGACACGGGGACGGCUCCGCGCCGGUUCGGCGACGCUCCGGGAUGCUCCGCACCGGUCCGGGGAUGCUGCACGCCGCGGGGGCUCGGCACGGCACGGCCCCGCCCCGGGGGUGUUUCGCUGGUGGAGUCGGCGGCUGCUUCGGUCGGGCGCGGUGCGGGGCCGCUGCGGCGGGUCGGGGGUGCGCGGGGGCGGUGCGGGCAGCCCGGGAGCUGCACACCCCCUCGGUGCCGCUCUUAUAGCCGCCGCCGCUCCGCCCCCGGUAAACACCGGCGCGCCGGUUCUGUCAAUGGGAGGCACCGCCCCCCCCCGCCCAUUGGCCGCGGGGCGGGGGGAAAUAUCCGCGUCCGCCAAUGGGCGCCGUGCGGAGAGGGGUUGCUGGAGAGAAUGGCAGGGCGGCACGCCCCGGUACCCCCGGUACCGCCGGUACCGGCGCCGCGGCACCCCAGCAGCGCCCGGCGCCUCCGCCGCAGCGGCGCAGCACCCCCGGCACCUUCUCACGUGCGUCCGGGAACCCUCCGGUACACACUGGCGGGAUGCUCCAGCUACUGCCUGCACCCGCUGCUCCCUCGGUCUGGUCACCCCGGUGUCCCCGGUGCCCCCAACCCCCGCACGUGGCACCAACGGCAGCUCCCCCCCACCGGCGUGGGGAGGCUGA